AGAAUAAAAUGAAUAGGCAUGCAAAAAGCGUGACACAACCAAACACGGCCCAACGAAUUCUGAUAAACAAAUCUUAAUGAAAUGCGCAGUUAAUUUUCCGUCGUUACGGAAUUGAAUCGCUCCCUUGAAGCUUCGCAAAUCGCAAUUCUAUCUAAAAUCUAUCUAGGGUUUAUUCUUCAACUCUCACUCCCUUCUACUCUCUCUUUGUCUCCUCUCGAUGGCUGGCAGAGACGAAAAUCGUAUAUUUAUAGGUGGGCUAGCGUUCACUACCACGGAGAGACACCUUGAGGAUGCUUUCAGUCGAUAUGGCAAAAUUCUUCAAUCUUCGGUCGUGGUGGAUCGGGAUACUGGUCGGCCUCGUGGUUUUGGAUUCAUAACCUUUGCUGAUAGUCGGGCAAUGGAUGAUGCAAUCAAGGAUAUGCAUAAUCGGGAGUUAGAUGGCAGGGUCAUCUCAGUAAACAAGGCUCAGCCAAAAUUGGGUAGUGAAGAUCCAGGUUAUGGAUAUGGUAGGGAUCAUAUGGCAGGUGGCAGGGACAGUUAUAGAGGAGAUAGGUCUGCAGGGCGAUCUGACUGCUUCAAGUGUGGCCGUCCUGGACAUUUUGCUCGAGAAUGCCUUUCUGCUGAUGGUGGUGGUCGUGGUGGAGGUAGAUUUUCUUCACAUUCUAGGUUCAGUGGAGGUGGUGGCUAUGGAGAUCGCUUUGACGUAGACCGUUAUGAUGAUCGUUUUGACGGGGGCCGCUAUGGAGGCAGGGACCAUUUGGAUAGCAGACACAGCAGGUACGGGAAUCGUGACCAUAAUCAUGAUGAUAGGUACCAACCUCGUGGUGACCGCUUUGCAGGUGAUAGAUACAUGGACCGGGAACCUCAAAAUGGUUAUGGUAAAGAAAGAGGUUAUUACAGGGAUGGAGGUCCUAGAGCUGGUGGUGACAGGUAUGGAGGUGGUGGGCCAGCACACUAUGACAGGGGCAGCUAUAGAGAUAGGCCUGGCCCCUAUGACCGUCCUAGAAGUGGGGGUCGUCCAUCUUCUUUUGAUCGGUACUGAGAUAUGGUUCUACUUUUGCUGCAUUGAUAAUGAACACAACUAGUCUGUUUAUUCCAGUUUUUGAUUAUUGUGAAGAGCUGCUGUUUAGCGUCAGGACUGAUGGAUGCAACGUAGUAUAUUCUUGUUUUGUUCUGUGCUUUAACUUCUUUGAGAUGUGGAACUUUGAUGACUGAAUGGAAGUUGUUUUAGCUGUGAUUU